CGAGUUAGUAUAGACUGUCAAUGCUCUAGCUGGCAUCGCUGCUUCUGGACCAAACUGAAAUAUAUCGUUUAAAGUAGUUAAGUUUUUACAGCACCGAAAAUAUCCUAUUUAUAUUUGUAGUUAUAUAUUUUAGGCAAAGCUAGUGGGAUAUCUACUGAUAGUGAAAUAAUAUGAAAACUGAAUGAUUACGAUGUUUUAGACGGUUUUCAGCUGUUUGCACAAGUGCUGCUUGUAGCCUUUUAAUAUAGUUCAUAGACAUAGCGGUAAGCUUUGAUCUUAAGGCUUGAUUUUCAAUGUAUGCCGUAAAUUCAUCUCGUCGCCUAUGAAAAGCUGGAAUUGUUUCCAAGACAGACGAAGCACUUUCCAUUAGUUACCACCAACAACUGAAUGGGCAUUGCGGCGAUGACGAGAUAGGAAUACUAGUUUUAAGAGCUGUGACCUUGUCCAGGUUGUCCGAACCUGAGUAAGUGAAGUAAGUGCUGACUAGUAGUACAAUGAAAAGAAGUCACAGAAUAUACGCAAUGCUACCUAAUACCUAUCUGUGAAACGCCUGCAAAAUAUACCAGUAGCAUACAAUUAGACUGAACGACUCUAAUGAUUGAUAUAUAAUUGUCAAUUAUACUAUUUCUUUUAUCAAAAUGCGAACGAAAUAAGAAAAAACAAAAAGUCAGACUGUUGGCACCAAAAUGUUGCAGUUUUAAGGAAACCCAUUCAAAGACACACACUGUACAUGUCGCAAGAUACCUUACACACACAAAACGACAACAACAUUACAUCGUCUACAUUUGGCACCAUACAGCGCUUUCGGAUUUUAAAAACAUCAAACAAAUUUAAAUUGUUUGUCAGUAUGUUUGUUAAUUUAUGUCUUUGACUUUGUUUAGUUUUCUAAAUUGGCCGAAUGAGUGAAGUGAAACGUUUCCAUAGAAAAGAAGCUGCAAAGAUAUUAGUUGAAUUGCGAAGUAAAACGUACGACGGAAAACUGAUGGAUUAUCGGCGCCAAUUGCUAAACCACGACAACAACACCGGUCAAAAUUCCAGAGAUUUGCAAGACCGAUCAGGGCAAGCAAGUCAGUGGCAAUGGCCAUAUCCUAAUAUGUCUAGUGUAGCAUUCCCGCCAUACAAUACAAUACCAAUUGGUUAUCCUUGGCCGCCUAACACACAAUAUUGGUUUCCCAACUCGACACCGUACGUGCCUGAUGGAGUUGCAAACCCAUUUUUACAAGGACAAAGUUUUCCAGGAUUGGAGUACCAAGCUGUUAACUUUCCUUGGCCAAUGACACCCCAUCAGCAAGCUUACGUUGAUCCAGGCCAAUCUCACAGUCGAAGGCCGAGGACACAAUACACGGAUGAACAGCGUGCUAUCUUGGAAGAAUCUUUCAUUCAUGGUUCUAAAUAUCCAUCGCCAGGUGAAAGAAUGCAAUUAGAAUCGAAAACUGGAGUAAGUAAAGACAAAAUCUCAGUUUGGUUUCAAAACCGUCGCGCGACAGAGAAACGUAAGAAGGAACAAGAUGGAGGAAGCAAGGAGUCGACGACCACGGACAGUGAAUUAGAAACUGAAGAUGAAAAACAACUUAGUGUCUGUGAUGAAACACCUGGAGAAGAUAGUGAGAUUGAAACAACACACCAGAGACACCAGGAUAAUACAAGCAAUGAUUUGAAAGCGACAUAUCCCUUAGACAUAUCUACAAAUUCACAAAGUGAUGAAAAUUCAUCAAAUCAAGAGGAUGCUACCCAAGCAUUGAGCAGAUAUUACGAGCGCACAAUUGAGUAUACAGCGAAUCACGCUUACGACACAACUAGUGACCAACCAAACCAGAAUAAUCUACAUCAAAAUUUACUACAUUUAGAAAACCAAAACAAACCAACUUUUGAUAUUAAGCUUUCGUGUGCAACAAAUAACCCCUCAAAUACAUCUGGUUAUCCCCAACAACAAACUCAUUCCGCCAAUAUGGACUUAGGUAGACACACUGAUGUGAAACGUCUGUAUUCAAAACAAAAUAUCAGCAACACCCGCAACGACACAGAAAUACUAGUCGUACACCGCCAAAGUAUUUCUAAGAAUGAACGCACUGACAGGGCGACCAGCAGAUCGUCAAGUAAUAUAUACCACAGUGAAAUUGAAGAUGUACAAAAUCUCCGGAACAACCCGCUUAUUACAGCCCAACACCUCAAUGGUGUGUCGACAAACAUGUCCACAAUGAUUCCGCCACCUCGUUCAGACGGAACAAAUGCCAAAAGGUCAAUUACCACACUACAUCCAAGAAACCAGAUGACACCCGAAGAUGUCGAGUCACUAGGUCUUGACGUUCAAAGCAAUAUAAACCGCAAUGUAAUAAAACAGCCAUGUCCAGAUGAAGUACACGAUACUAUAGAUUCGAAUAAACAAUACAAUAGGAGGAUUGAAGAGACAGAAAACGAUCAAAACAACAUAAUCGGUAAUAUCAACAUACCAAAUUUAUUGGACCACAAAAAGAAACCCAGUUUUAUGAUACUCUCGCUUCCAGGUGGAACAAUUGCCGUUGAAUCCACAGAACAAUGCCUUGGUGAGAUUAAAGAAUCACAAAACUAUUCAAACUCAUCCAAACACAGCGAUGUUAAACUACCACAUACCUCAUCUAUGCUCACGAAUACCCCCACUGAGAUUACAAUGGCACAUUCAGAAGACACAUUGGGACUUUACCAUGGAGAAAACGAAAACACCAUGGCGCAACAAGUGAAGUUAAAAACGUCUUUCCAUAAUAGAAGCCCAAGAAAGCGUGCUGUCGAUGAGACGGGAAAUAUCGAUGAAAAACCUGACGUAAUGAACAAAUCAAACAAGGACAUUGUUUUUGCAGAAGAUUCUAAAAGUAGUAAAAGUGGUUUUGAUGACUUCGGAUUGGAAGAAAAGAAAACAAAGACUGACGAAGACAUAGUGGAGACAAGUUCAGGUACCAUACUAGGUAACACGGGUCCGGAGUACCGUAUAUUUGGCGAGACGUGAGUUUUUGUUAAACUCAAAUCUGAUAACGAACUUCGUAAACUUAACGGAGGCCUUCGGCUUCGAACAACGGCCGCCUAGUUUUAUUAAUUUGUUAUUUGUUGUGCCAUGGACACAUUUUUGACA